AUGAUUUGCUACUUCAAAGUUGCUUACACAAAGUUUACCUCCUGGAUGAUCAACAUAAUGGAUACUGAUCAGGAUCUUGACCUCAUGGCAUGCUGGAAGUCCUCCAGCUUUGCCCAUUACAUCACCUACAUCAAACAGGCAGUGGAUAUAAUCAAGCCCAAAACAAUGAGUGGAUGCUGGCAGAACUUGUGGAAGGAAUGUGUGCACAAUUUCAAGGGAUUUCCAAGCAUUGCCACUGAGGUGAAUAACAUUGUGCAGAUGACCAGGCAAGUGGGUGGUGAUGGCUUUGUUGACCUCAUCUAUGAAGACAUGGAAGAGCUGAUUGAGGGCCAGCAGCUGUUGACUCUUGAAAAGGAGGGGGAACUGGGCAGAUCAAGUUCAGAAUGCAAAAAUGAGGACGGUGAGCAUGAGUCAGUAAGCUGGAACCAUCAGAAUUUUUCUAAACUCUUCUAAGUCAUAAAGCAUGCAAACGAUCUGAUUGCAGAGUUUGACCCCACUGUGGAACGUAGCCUCAAGAUCAUCUGUGGGAUUAAAGACACUCUGAAGGCAGUAUCAAGGAACAAGGAAAUGUUUGAUGAGCUCAAGAGACGCAGCAGCAGCUGCCAAUUACCAUGUUUCCCCCACACAAAGAAUCACCACCAGCAGCAGAUUUACCCAUACACCCCACCUCUUGAUCUGAACCACAGCCAAGCACUUAUUCUGGCUACUGGUCAACCCCCCUAGUUCACAUAUCAUCCACAGUAGCAUCCAGCAAGAGAGAGAAGGACUAAGAGCCACAUUUGUCAUUCAUCAGAAAGUGCAGCGAUUUUUAAAAAAGUUUUUAAAUGGUUAUCUAGGGGUCAUUCUGGCUCUACACGAUUUUGCUUAUACACACAAUGGCCAAGAACAUGUAAAAUGUGAGUUACCUGCUCAGAUUAAUGCCGAGACAAGUCAGAAUGGAUGUGUAAAAUUGAUACGGCCUGGAAAUAGACCAAUGGGUCCAUCCCUACUGAGAGCAGUCAGGAAAGCCGCACGGUGACCUUAGCGGAGAGUAGCACAGAACAGGCAGAAUGCUGAUGAGGCAGUUCCAGAGUGAGCAGGGCUGGCGCAGAGCUAUGAUUGCUGUAGGAGCCUGCAGGAGCCCCAAUUUUGCAAGUUGAGUGUUAAUAAUUGAAAACUAUUGCCUACUGUUCCGUCUAAGGAACUCAAAAGAAACAUUUCACCGACUUGACCUUUCCACGGCUCCAGUUUAUAAUAUUAGUGAGAUUUACAGGCAGGAAGGUAAUGACACAUCAGAGGGUGCCCUCCACUUAUGAAGCUUUAGACAGAACAGGAUCUUCACCCUCUCUCUUGGGAAAUUGACAUGCAAUCCAAAAGACUCCCCCCACCGCCCAACACACACCACAGGGGGCUCCCACAUCUCUAUCAUUCUAAAAGAGUCAAGCACAAGGAUGGAAUGAAAAAGCAUCUCUCCACAAGCUUUUCUCCUUGAAAAGCCUUAUUCGGAAGCAGAUUUUGGCAGCUCUUAUAAAGGUUUCAACUAGUCUGAAAGUCAUACUCUCUGACCUCUAAUAUGCCUGAAUAUUAUGUUUGGAGGUGAUGGUGGGGACAACGCUCUGUGUGUGCUCAAACGAACUCAUGGUUUAAUAAUCAGCUUGUAGAUUAUGCGUUGUGGGGAGGGAACUCUAAGAGCUGGCUGAUAUAGAGACAUCCUUGAGAUCCAGCUUCCUUUUUCUUCUUCCUCUUCCCAAAUAGAAGUAAUUCGCCAGAGCAUCCUCUCUCAUUUGGGAUGCUAAAUGACUGUUCUGUAGAAAUUAGCAAUUUGUGGACUUGCCCUAAAGCAGAGACAGAGAUCCAGAUGUUACCACUAAUUUCCUCAAGCCUAAUCCAGAAUUCUGUGCUGGAUCUGAGAAUCUCUCUGUAUGUUCAUGCUUCAAUGUUGGCAAGUUUCAGAAUUGAGAAGUGGGUGGAAUUGAAUUCCUCCAGUUGUAAUCCAUGUCAAAGUCCUUCUGAAUUCCAGUUUAUCUUGUGAAGCAGCUUGACCCAUUCUGAGAUAGAAAUGGAAGAGGCAAAAGCAGACCAACACAGUUCAACAUUACCAUACUUAUUUGAGCACUGGAACUCAGUUAUUGUUCAUAUUUCACUCUUCCCUGGAUUUUGCAUUGCACUUUCGGUCCAAAACAGUAUGCACAAAACAUAUACUUGGCAUUUUAAAAAUGUCUACAAAAUACAUGUUUAGAGCAUGAGAUGCAUUGAAAAGCAUGUACAAAAUAUGCACAAAAUAUGCACAAAUUACACAUGGAUUUUCCACGAGUUCUUUCAUAAAGUUCACCAAAAGAAAGAGAGAGAGAGAUAACAGACUGGUCAAGUGAUUGAGCAGUAGCAAAACUAACGAAAAGAAAUAAAUAAAAAGGCUAAGACUGGUCUGGCCAUCCUUAUACAAUGACCUGCCCUUGCCACCUCCUUUUUAACUUCCCUUCAAAUUUACUUUCCAUCAACAGUGACAGGAGUGAGCAAAGUUGGGGGGGGGUCUGACUGGGCCUUCGUUAAGAAGAGAAGAAGAAGAAGAGUUUGGAUUUGAUAUCCCGCCUUUCACUCCCCUUUAGGAGUCUCAAAGCGGCUAAUAUUCUCCUUUCCCUUCCUCCCCCACAACAAACACUCUGUGGGGUGAGUGAGGCUGAGAGACUUCAAGGAAGUGUGACUAGCCCAAGGUCACCCAGCAGCUGCAUGUGGAGGAGCGGAGACGCGAACCCGGUUCCCCAGAUUACGAGACUACCGCUCUUAACCACUACACCGCACUGGCUCUCUGUUAAGCCUAGAAGUCUUACAGACAGGACAGGACUAGUGUAAAAAUCAAUGGGAAUUCUCCAGAGCUUAUGGGCUCUGACCAAGGAUCAGUAAAUUUGUGGCAAAAUAUAAUUCCUAGAGAAACCUUUGUGCUGGGAACUUCCUGUUAGUAAGGGCCUUCAGCCCUCCACCUCGCACUCCUCCCCUGUCAUUGUGGCCAGAAAAGGGAUGGAAGGACAGAAAUCAGCUGGAGGAUGAGGACAGUACAGGAUCUGGUAUGGAAACAUUUGAGCGAGGUCUUUUGGAGAUUUUAUUGGGAGAGGGGUGGCCAAGCUUUCCCUGAAUCCAUUCCAAAUCGAGAUGGGCAGUGUUUGCCCAUCUGCAGCUCAAACUGCAUUCCAUCCAUGCAAAUUCCAGUAAUGUUAUGAUCAAAGUUCAUAAGCUGGAGACUGGCAUCUUCCUGUCACAAACAAUAAGUGUCCCUGACACUUGCACAGCCAGUCACCUUCCAUAUAGGAAUCACGGUGGUAAUCAACAUGCUAUCUGAGAAAAGGAUUGCAUUUUCUAGUGGUACAAGGAACAUGCAACAUCCCAAUGGCCAUGAGUACAGUGGUACCUUGGGUUAAGUACUUAAUUCGUUCCGGAGGUCCGUUCUUAACCCGAAACUGUUCUUAACCUGAAGCACCACUUUAGCUAAUGGGGCCUCCUGCUGUUGCCGCACCGUCGGAGCACAAUUUCUGUUCUUAUCCUGAAGCAAAGUUCUUAACCUGAAGCACUAUUUCUGGGUUAGCAGAGUAUGUAACCUGAAGUAUAUGUAACCUGAGAUACCACUGUAUGCUUGAGCCAAGACAUACAGAUUGUGCAAAAGUGGGGAAGGGUUUUGCAGGCAGGAAAACCUGGGUUCAACCUCCAAGUAGGGCUUGGAAUGUCCCUUGACUGAAACCCUGGAGCUAGUAUGAGCCAGAUGGAGCCAUGAUCUGAGCCAGUAAAAGGAAGCUUUCUAUGGCCCUGAUGUGCACUUAUUACAUAAUAAAUGACUUGUAUGAAAAGUGGAAAGACCUUGAUGUAAAGAUGAAUUUCAUAUGACCAGGGAGAAGAGUUGGUGGAAGAAGAUUGGAAAAAAUUUAAAGUAUAUUUACAAAAACAUUGCAAAAUUAAUGAAUGUUAGAAGGAUGUUGGAAUGAAGCUAUAUGGUUUUAACAGAAAUGUAAUAAAGAUUUAAGUAAAAGUUGAUUGAUAAUGGGUAAAAAUGGAAAAAUUAAAGGUUAGACCGUUAAGAUAAAUCAUAGAACAAAAAUUGAGAAAGAUGGAAAGAAUUUGCUGAAAUAGUUAACUGAACUAGAAUACAAAAAGGGAGGUGUGAGGAGGUCGAUGAAACAGGUAAAUGAAAGGUAAAGAUAAGGAAUAUUGGAUAUGUUUUUAAAUGUUUUUGUUUUAAAAUGUUUUUGCUUUUUUUGUUUUUAUUGUUGUGCUGCAUUGUUUCCUUUCUAAUCUGGUUUUUAUUUUCUUUUGAUGUAAUGUAUUGUAAUUUUUUACUGUUUUCUUUUUUCUCUUGUUCUGUAAUUGUUAAACUUUUAAUAAAUAUCUUUAAAAAAAAAGAAAAAGAUGAAUUUCAUAUGGAUGCAGACCCCUCCUCCACAAUUUCAAAGAAGGACCCACUAACCUAGAAGCACAAAAUAUAUUAUUAUAGGAGUUUUGGGGGGGGGGGUGUCAGUCUGGAUUAUAUUUAUGGGUGCCUUCCAGGCCUCUGAUUCUGUAUCCAGUGAGGCUUAGAAUCUAGUAGAAGAAGCUGUUAAACCAGUCAGAAUCUGGUUUGUAAGAUUUGUAAGAUUAUGGCCUUAACUGGCCAGCUGAGUACCACCAUUUCUAUGUCCAAGCAGGUUGCCCUGCUGCCAUAGAGACAAACUGGGGUAAACCUACUCCCCGCUUCACUGAGUUGGAAACAACAUCACUUUGUGAGGUGGAAGAACAAUAGCCAGAGUUUGUGUGUGAGUUGGAAGCUGGAGACACAGAGACUGUCCUUGAUCUAUGGUGGACCCAAAGGUGUGGCUUAGCAACCUCCCUGGAAACCUAAUGGGGAUCUGUUGGAGUGUUAACAUUGUGAGUCCUUUCAUCCUGUCCUCAGUUUGUAUAUACUUGUCAAUAAAACCAUAUAUCCUAAAGACACUUCAGUCUCCAUUGACCUUCACUCCUAGGAAACCGAACUCUGGAGAGGUGCUGGCAUCCUUGAAGUCUCUCAUCCCUUGGAGAUUAGGGUGCCGUCAAUGAUAUGGAUGCUGAGCAGCUCUCCUCACUGAAAUGACUGGGUGAGGAUGGCUCCAUCCACACAAUGGAGCUUUUGCAACUAGAACAGAUUGCUGGAUCCUAGUACCGUCUUCCUAUUUCUAGACUAUUUUGUUCACUCCAGUACAUGUAUAGAAUUUACAUACAAGCAUGGGGGGAAUUAAUAUUUUAUGGAUUCACUUUAGAGGCACUUUUUAAAGAAAAAUAAACAAACCACUGAUAUUAUCCCCUAUAAAUAACUUACCAGCUUAAUAAAAGAAGAAAGGAAUAACUCAAGAUUUUUAUCUUAAAAGCUAUUCUAUCAAGAGGUUUAUAAAGGUCUGCAAGAUUUAGGUCUCUUAAACUAUCUGAUGGUGACAAAUGAUAGCACUGAUGGGAAUUAAUGGGUUCCCAGGGCCUCAUGAUGACCAAAGACUCAGUGAGAAUUUGUCUUUGUAUAAGAAUUAAUGGGUGGCCGUCCAGUGUAACGAGGAUCCAAUUGCCAAAGCAUGUAAAAUUUACAUAUGAAACCCAAAGGUUUUACAAGUGGAAGAUCUGCUGGGAAAAUUCCCUGUGGGGAUUGAGGAACGAAAAAGCCAGACAGAAGGUGUGGCUAGUGGAAACAUGAUAAGGUUUAAGAAGAAGCAACUAGGCAAGAAGCUAGCAAACAGCUUGCAAAUAAGGGGAUUUGUCUCAGCUCUAUUCUAGUCUUGUAACAUACAAAUUUACAGUGUUUUACUGUAUCCAUGGGUUAUAUCCAAUGUUAUUCAUACUCAGAGCAGUCCCAUUGAAAUCAAUGGACUUAAGUAACAAGGUAAUUGAUUAAAAUGUGUCAAUGCUAAGUAGACUUUUGUUGGCUACAGUCUAUUAUGUCCAGGUCAUUCAUCUGUCUUUGUACUAUUUCUUCCAUCAUUACUGCCAUUGCUGAUGUAUAUUGGGGUAGUCAAUGUGGUAACAUCCAGGCAUUAUUGAGCUACAGCUCCCAUCAGCUUGCAAGGCCAAUGAUCAGGGCUGAUUGCCAGUCAUUGCCCAACAACACUGACUAGCCCAGAGUAUAUUUUUUUAAUCCACACAAAUGAAGAGCAUACAAAAGGCACAAGAAAAGAGAUGAGAAAAGGACAUAGAUGAAGCAAGGGAUUGGAACAGGCAUACGCAAAUUUGGCCCUCCAGAUGUUUUGGGACUACAACUCCCAUCAUCCCUAGCUAACAGAACCAGUGGUCAGGAAUGAUGGGAGUUGUAGUCCCAAAACAUCUGGAGGGCCAAGUUUGCCUAUGACUGGAUUGGAAGGACUAGAAAGAGAGGACAGCAUCCAAGUAUGUAAUUCAAGAGGGGAGCUGAUAGAAGUGUCUUAAUUUAGGCAUGGUGUGGGAAAAGUGGAUAGAGAUAACUUAUUCUCCCUCUCUCGUUAUACUAGAAUUCUGGUACAGUGGUACCUCGGGUUACAUACACUUCAGGUUACAUACACUUCAGGUUACAGACUCCGCUAACCCAGAAAUAGUACCUCGGGUUAAGAACUUUGCUUCAGGAUGAGAACAGAAAUUGUGCUCCGGCGGCACGGCAGCAGUGGGAGGCCCCAUUAGCUAAAGUGGUGCUUCAGGUUAAGAACAGUUUCAGGUUAAGAACAGACUUCUGGAAUGAAUUAAGUACUUAACCCGAGGUACCACUGUACAUCCAAUGAAGCUGAGUUUUGGAAGACCAGAACAGCCAAAAUAAACCGAGCAACAGAGAUGAAAAUACACUAUUAAAAGCUGGGCACGAGGUCAGAGAGGGAGAGAGAAGCAGGGAGCAGAGAACGGGGAAGACUAAGGGAUGGUACAGUUCUGUUGUAAUAAUGUGAAAGCCCUAAUAAACCAUGGAUUAAGAAAAAAAAAUACUUCUUCACACAAGGCAUAGCCAAGUUACAGAAUUUGUCAACCACAAGAGGUAAGGAUGGCUGGUUUUAAAGGAGGAUUAGUCAGUUUCAUGGAAAACAAAGACUGCUAGCCAUAAUGACUGUGUUCUACCUCCACUGUCAGAGGCAGCAUACCCCAAACAGUUGCUGGAAAUUGAAAGUCGGGGGAGCACGGUUACACCCAACUCCUGCUUGCAGGCUUCCCAUAGGCAUCUCUUGGUCCAUUGUGAGAAUAGGGUGAUGAACUAGAUGGACCUGUUGCCUGAUCCAGCAGGGCUCUUAUUAUGUUCUUAUGAAUUCUUGGGAUAUCAUGUAGUUGGAACAAGAUUUAAAAUUGCCUUUGGGAUGCAAGGAGUUGUUUUGCUUUCUUCCUUGUCAUGUGACAGAAUGGCAGUUUUUUUAAAAAGGAACCAUUGUUUACAACUGUUGUCUGCCACCCCCCAAUGAAAAAAAGCAAUGGGCCAUAAAUUAGCCCAUUGUUGUGCUUUUAGCCCCAAGCUCCUCCUCACUUUGUUCUUUGUUUUCAACCCAUCACUCUUGAAGCCUAACUUCAGGGGGAAAAUAUGAACGAAACAAAUUAUAAUGGCCAUGCCUGUGUGAGAGAGAGGAGAGCUGUGAGUCUGAACGUUCGAAUGGAAUGAUAAAUACUGUCACUUAAACCGUGUAAUGAAUUUUCCUGGAGAUUUGUCUCAGUCUGAGGGAGGGAAGGGGGAAAGUACGAAGCUUCACUGCAAAACCUCUGCUUUUGAGCGAACUGCGUAAGAUGGCCUUUAUACAUUAUAGGAGCACUGUGGGAAUUGUUAGUGGAGGCUGGUCCAUUUUAGGGCAAAAGGGGCAUUGUCCUAACAACCUUAGUCUGCCUGUAAUCAGUCCCCAGCUGCCUGCCUUCCUACUUACAAGCAAUCCAGGAGUUAGUCCUGCCCAUCAGCUUUCUCCUCCUCCUCCUCCUUAAUCUCAAUGCUGUCCUUGUUAAACUCAGCAGGGAGAGGAUGGGGGCAAAAGUAGACUUGGUUGGCUCUUCCUGUCCUUAGCUCCGGCCAGUGUUUGGCAUCUCUACCUUCUGCACUAUCAAUCCCAAUGGGCACCACCCACCACCAGGAAGAACAUCUCCAUGGGCUCAUGUUAUGGCUAAACUGUAGGCUUGCCAUACGCCAGGGAAAUUCCUGGCAUGUCCUGGUUCUGGGGUGUAAAAAUGUCAGGGAAAACACAGGUAUAUGGCAACAUGAUAGCAAAAGCAGCAGAAACAGCUCAAGGAGCUUGAAAUCAAAUCACUAUUUGGGGGGUAAGUUUCAAAAAAACCCACAACCACACAUCCAAAAAACCACUCAACUAUUUUGGUGGUUUCCUAUAAAAAGCUCAACGACUUUGCGGGUGUCAGGAAUUAUACUUUUUGAAAUAUGGCAACCCUACUGAACUGUCAUGCUGAAAGUCUUGCAGAAGUCACAGGGUGUCAGUGUUUGGAGAAAGACCUGAAGACACAGGUGUAUGCGUGCGCGCGCGCACACACACACACACGAGAGAGAGAGAGAGAGAGAGAGAGAGAGAGAGAGAGAGGUAUGCUUUUAAACAUUACUGCCAUGACGCUACUUGAAGAAUCCUCUUUAGAGUAUGAACUACCUAAGGCAAAUGCAGAGAAGAAGCCCAUGCCAAGUGACACUGAAGAAGAGCGGGGGGGGGGGGACACAGGGCCUUCAGGGGUCACAGCAAUCCAACCUGCUCCUCAAUAUAUGGAUAGCUCCUUCAUGUAAUCAGAGGCGUAAGUCGAAUGGCCAUUGAGUCUUAAGGAAUACCAGCAUCUAAAAGUAUGGGCUCAGUCAACUCCCAGACACAGGAGUCCUUCCCUGAAGAACAUGGACUCCUCAGGACAGGAGUAAAGGGAUACUCAUGAGUAAGCUACUUCUCACAAGCAAAGCAAAUCUUUGGGCAACCCAUAUGGCAUGCAGUUGUGUUCUGCAUGGGGGCUAUGAAGAUUCAAGAUUAAAAAGCUUUAGUUGCAGACACAGAAUAUUGGAGCAACAUCCUUGCAAUAGUUCCUUGACUAGUGGGUACCUGCUGUCCUGCUGGUUACCUGACCUAUGCUUUGACUUUGGAUGGCUACUUUGACCAUGCUUCUUAUAGCACUCCUGUGAUUAGAUUUUUGAAUGUGUCUUGAUCUUAAUUAUUGUGUUUCUCUUCUAUUUUGACUGCUGCAAGACUCUGUUUCUGGGACCACCCCUGUUACCUUCCAGAUGCCCUCCUUGUGUGACACCUGAAGCAGGAGGACAGCUACACAACAACCAUGUGAUGAAUCCCACAGGGAAGGGCCUCCUACAAUCUAAUGAAACAUUUAAAGGGCACUUCCUUCUGGUGACUUCACCCUAGGGAUGGACAAUAGAUAGCAUUUAUGGAGAGGGAUCAACCCAGCUGAUCUCUUGGCUAAGAUGAUAGAGGAGGGCCUUUGGUUCUCCUCUCUUCCCUCUGCGGCAGCCAGAUGUCUCUCUACAUGGUGAACUAGUCCAUCAUGCUAUUCUUCCUCAGCUCCCUGCUGAAAGGAUGAAUGGAGGCUAGGCCUUGCCUUAUGAAGAGAGCCUUGCAGUGGUGACACAGGCUGGUAGUUGCCUCUGGAUCAUUUGACAAUGCAACCCAUUAAAGGCUCUUUCCUGCAAACAUGUCCUGGAGGUAGAUCAUGAUCAUGCAAUAUUGCUCAAACACGUGUUAUAUUCAGCAAAGCAAAGCAACACAACCUCCAGAACACCCUCUCCUGCUUUCUCUUCCCUUAGUCUAGGAGAACUGCUGCAGUUUUGCCAGGAAGCUCUAUCUAAACCCUCUUAAUAAACCUGUUGAAUUGUCAACACAUGUGUUGAGCCUGAACUGAUAGUCAAGCUUCAACAGAGAGCACAGAAUGUGCCUAGUCAGGAGGAAAAUUGCUUCCUAACAUGUAUAAACCAAAAGCAGUCCUAGCCUGGGAAAGGUGGAUCUGGUUCUCCCCUUCCUCAUUUCACUUGCAGCUAGGCUGUGUACACACUAUACAUUUAAAGCACAUCACUUUCCCCAAACUGCUCUGGGAGCUGUAGUCUGUUAAGGGUGCUGGAAGCUGUGCCUUUGGGGGGGGGGGAGGGUAAAAGAAACAACAGUCCAGAUCCAGGCUCAAAGCUAGAAGUUAUAUCAUUGCAAAGUAUGCAUUACCCCUGCUCCAACAGCUCAAGGUAGCAUACAUGCCCCCACCCCCUCUUAUGCUCACAGCAACUCUGUGAUGUAAAGUAUGCUGGGAAACAGUAACUGAUCUUCAUGGCUGAGUGGGGACCAGAACCCUGAUUUCCUGGAUCCUAGUCCAAUGCGCUAACCACUCUACCAUGCAGGAUCCAAAUCAAGCAGAGCAGUGAUUCAACCUACACAUUACAUGGCUGAAUUAUUGUUUUCUCCAUUUUUUUUUUUUAGAACCCAAACUGCCAAGCUGCAUUUGAUCAGAAAGAAGGUAAGUGUGACACAGGGGAUUCAGCUACCUGGGAGGGUGAUUUGCAGUGCGACUUGGAUCUCAAAACCUCCCUCUUUGCCACUCUUUAUCCAUUUUGUCCUAGCUGGAAAUGUCUGAAAACUGCUGUCUUUCCACCCGCUCCCCUUUCCUCCACCAGCACCCCUGGAAAAUAAUGUCCCGCACAAUGUGGAAUUUGCAGCAGAAAUGGUAUGUCCCCUUUAUUUGGUCUUUAGAUUAUAGAACCAAAAUUAAAUUUAAACUCUUCACGGGGAGGUAAUUUUUCCUAAUCACUCACACUGCUGCACAGAUCUCUACAACUUGAUUACAUUCUAAUUAGAUUAAUUGGAUGGAGAAUAAUUUCUUUCACCAGGAAGAUCAACUGCAGAAGGCAAGCAGCUCUAUAAAUGCCAGGAAAUAAAAAAGAAGAAGGGGGUGGGAAUGGAAAAGAACGAAUCGCAUCCAAAGCUUUAAAACUCAACCACAAAAUGCACAGUAAUUAAAUUGUUAAAGAAUUUACAAGGCAAAGUGGAUGAGCUUGGAUUUGUCCUGCCUCCUGCACUCCCGGCCCUGCUGUAAUCAUUUCCUCUCCCUCCAAUUCUCUGCCUUUGUCCUUAAAAUGAGAUGUGGAAUUCCAAUUCCUUCAUUGAUUUCCGAGAUAAAAAUUUAAGAAACUCCAGUAACAAAAAGGUCAGGAGCCUCCAGAGUGCAUUGGAAAUAGAUUGCCUUUGUUAGAGGGCCAAAAAAAGAUUGAGCCAUAUAAUCUUUCAAAGACUUUGGCUUGAAUACUAAUGGUCAUUAGUUACCUCUUCCAAAAAGCAAAUGUAUGCCGAGCCAGGUCAGCCUUCCCUUCACUGGGGCAGGAAGACUAAUAUUUAAUGUUCAUGUACCUGUUCACAUUAUACGUAUAUGCAUAACUUCCUAUGAUCCUCUAACUAUUCACAGAUGCAAAUAGGAGCACGCUUCUAUUCUCACGCCAAGAAUCGCUCCCUGAGGUCUGCCUAUCACCACCAUUCCACAUUGCUGAAGGCUCUAUUUCAUUUGCUCUCCAUUAACCCGACCUCCUAUGGUUUAAAAGCCAAGAGAAGGCUUCCUGCUUUACUUGCAGAAAGAGGGUAUUACGUCAGCUCUAGAGAGAGGAGUCGCAUGCCCAACCCUGUCAUCAUAAAACAGUGCCCUGCUAAAUCAGGCCCAUCCAGUCCAGCUCUCUGUUUCACAGCGGCCAACGAGAUGCCCAUCAGAAGCAGGACAAAUGCUAUGCACAGAUGGAAAUUUAGAAAUAACCAGUCACGUAGCAUGGGGGCGGCACAAGGGCACUUGCCCUGGGUGUAAAAUUAUUAGGGGUGCAACAUUUCAACACCCAGUGCUGCCUCAAUACAGCUGUGCACUUCUGUCUCUGGGCUCUGUUGAAAAUGGCUUCUCCAUGCGAACCAGGAAGUGACCUCUCCAGACAAUGGAAUGACUCUUUCUUUUCUUAUAUGAAUGAAUUAAAUGAAAACACAGAUUAAAGGUUGGGAAGGAUAGAACCACAAUAGUCCAUUGGCAGAAUUUCCCCACUGAUUCUUCUAGUCCAGAAGUAGUCCUCCAGAGAUUGUUGGACCUUGCCUCUCAUCAGCCCCUGCCAACAUGGCCCAAUGAUCAGGAAUGAUAGGGGUUUUCCAACUACACAUGGAAGGCACUACGUUGGCUACGCAUUGUAGGCUAUGGAUGACACUAUCAAUACUACAUGGAACAACCAGAAGCUCAUUAUUGAUGGGUGUCAUGAUUAGAAGCAUCAGGGCCACAUUCACCUGUAGAGAGAAUUGAACACUACAAUUACUGCCUUGUGAAGUUUAAAACCUACCUGCUAUGUUUUUCCUUAAAUAUUUAACCUUCAGCAGUCAAGCUAAGGAGAACAAAAGUGACUAUAUACAUUACAGCCAUUUUAUGGCCACAAUUAUUCCAAUCCCUGGUGAGUUACAAGACCGUUGAGGAGGGGAGGGAAACCCACGUAUCUACCCCAAUACCCAGCAAAGAAGCAAAGUGUGCUGAUCCACAGCUGUAUUUCAGAUCAUCAGUGCUAAAUGAUAGUACCUUGUGUGCUUCAUUCUAACUUGCAGCAAUUUAUUUCACUGGGGGAAUUGUGGCAGAUUUAUGCCUUGCUAGUUCAAUGGCUUUGCAUGCCAUAUGGAUGGUUCACUUUGAAUGUUAAGCGAGCUCCAGAGGUUGAAAUAUGAGAGAGUAUUUGGAUAAGGAUGAUGGGCCACCAGGAAGACAUAAUCCACAGGAAUAAUGACAGUGGUCUACCAAAGCCAAAGCAAGUACUUAAUUUAAUAGCUAAGAGCUCUAUUAAAGGGAUUAGGUCUAUAUCCCAUAACUUGAAGUGCUUAGGAUGCAAUGUAAAGAUACCCCACAAUGGCAGGGUGUUUUGUUUUGGUUUUUUCAUAGCAGUGGGAUCACCACAACAUCUGCAGCCCAUGGUGGCCAGAUGAGGGGCAGAAAAAAUGUUGUGCCAUCCUACAACUGGCACAUCAAUUGUGCCUAUAAGAAGAAGAAGAAGAGAAGAAGAGUUUGGAUUUGAUAUCCCGCCUUUCACUCCCUUUAAGGAGUCUCAAAGCGGCUAACAUUCUCCUUUCCCUCCUCCCCCACAACAAACACUCUGUGAGGUGAGUGGGGCUGAGAGACUUCAAAGAAGUGUGACUGGCCCAAGGUCACCCAGCAGCUGCAUGUGGAGGAGCGGAGACGCGAACCCGGUUCCCCAGAUUACGAGACUACAGCUCUUAACCACUACACCACACUGGCUCUCUAUGCCAUCACACAACAGGCAGUAGAGGCUGGUGCCCAUUCGGAGUGGUAGGGUAGGAGGCAAAGAGCCCAACAGUAGGUGGAGAGCCAAUGAUAGGCAGAGCCAACUUAUCCUGGUUUUGUCCCCACUCUCCUUUCUGUUAAGUUCUACAAGGGCAACAUUGAGACUAAAGUAUGGAGGAGAAGCUGAGGGUCAGGGCCAGGACCUGGACUAGGAGGAAUCUGGAUUGAGGUUGGUUGGGACAGUGCAUAUAAUCUGAGUGAUUAUAGGAGAGACAAUAAGCCAAACACACAAAUGGUUCAGGAAUUAUUUAUAUGGGAGAGGUUGGAGAGAAUUGUCUUCUCUCUCUGGACUUAAGUGCACCAGAUCUUUCUUUCCUUCCUUCCUUCCUUAGCAAGGGUGUAUGGCCAUGAAACUAGAACUGAGCUGAAAUUUAUCAGAAAAGAAAUUUGCUGCAGAGUUCUUUAAGAAUUUGCCUUGUCAGGCUCUAUCAAAGUAGAUGAAGAUUUGCAGGAAGAGUAACAUAUAUCUGGUGAACACUCCCUGCCACACAUACCCACUUGCCACCCAACACACACAUUCUCAUCAUGUGAAUAUGAUGGUGCAGUUGUGGAGCCAAGCCUAUUCAGAUAAUAUUGUUCAAUAGGCUUGGCCACCGUGGGUACUUGCCAGUGGUGGAUUUAGGUUUGAUGAGGCCCUAAGCUACUGAAGGUAAUGGGGCCCUUUAUAUGCCCAACUGUCCUUUGUCAACAACAAGUUGUCACUGUUUUUGUGUUGAAUAAGGUGGUACCUCGGGUUACAUAUGCUUCAGGUUACAGACGCUUCAGGUUACAGACUCCACUAACCCAGAAAUAGUACCUCGGGUUAAGAACUUUGCUUCAGGAUGAGAACAGAAAUCGUGCUCCAGCGGCGCAGCAGCAGCAGGAGGCCCCAUUAGCUAAAGUGGUGCUUCAGGUUAAGAACAGUUUCAGGUUAAGAAUGGACCUCUGGAACGCAUUAAGUUCUUAACCUGAGGUACCACUGUAUAUGCUAUAUGGUAAUUUAUGGACCUAAUAGAUAUCUAAAGCCAUUUGCACAUAACAAAAUAUAUAUUUUAUCAAAGUAAUUGAUAUAGAAAUGAGCAAACCAGUGAUAUUUUAGGGAGCAGGCUAGCAGGUGGUGCCCAUUACUUACAUCAUAGGAACUUACACAGCACAAAACACUGUUGCUUUAUGUAGGUUUUAUUUUAUUUAUUUUUUUAGCUUAUAUUUUGGAAAUGUACAUCCAGGUUUUUUUCCUUUAAAUUUUUUUUGGGGGGGGGCCCAAGAGAGUGGGGCCCUAAGCUGUAGCUUGUUUAGCUCAUACAUAAAUCCGGCACUGGUACUUGCUAGCAGGCAUAAACAGCUUAAGCUGGGUCUAAGGGAGCUGUGUUUUCUCUCCCCUAUACCUAAGAACAUAACAAGAGAGCCCUGUUGGAUCAGGCUAAAAACCCAUCUAGUACAACAUUCUGUUCUCAGAGUGGCUAACUGUCUGCUUAUGGGAAACUCACAAGGAGACCUGGGAGCAAUAGCAAUUCUCCACACUUCUGAUUCCCACCAACCUUUGCCACCCUGAGUUUGCUGCAGGAAUUGUGGGGUACAAAUUUGAUUUUCAAUAAUACAUUAACACAAACCCUGUCAUCUGCUGGUUUAAGGGCCUGCACAUCAACCGAAUUGAGGCUGUUACUUUUUUUAGAGCUGAAACCUGUAAUUAUUUAUACUUAUAAAUUACGUUAUUUCUGCUGAACUUUGUGCUAUUUGUUUCCGCCUGUUAACAUACCACGCAAGUUGGUUGUUAGGAAGAACACUGCAAGAACUGGAGGGGGAGAUCUUUGCAGGCAGAAGGUGCCGUCUAAUUUAUUAGUAACAGGAAUUAUUAAUAGUGAGAGCAGACAUCUUAAGUGAGGGGAAUUUAAUAGUCUGCAAUUUGAAAAUGUGUGAAAUCAAUUUCAUUUGCAGAAACUCGAGACCUUGUGAUGUUGGGAUUGAAAAUGAGAUUGCGUUACUUGCUUUUGAAAUAAAAGUAUUUUCUUCUGGUGUUACAAACAUCUUCAAGAUGUCAAAACACUGCUCACAUCACACACAUAGCUAUAAAGCAAAUGGUCUGCAAAUAAUCUUUUGAAAGAGUUUACAGAGUUAUAAUUAGAGGGGGGUGGAAUUGUGAAAUUCUCUCAGGUGGUGCGCACGAAUUUUGCCAUGCUUACUUUUGCUGCUUUGCUCCUUGUGCUACUUUGAAGGUGGUCCUUCCUUUGAGUCUACAAAUUGUCUCACCAGUGCUCUGCACUGUGCAACCUUCCCGGGUGCCCCACAUGUCAACCACGGAGCCUUUUUAGAUCAGGAAGUAGUGUGGGGAACUGGGGAGGCUGACUGAUUACUUCCCUUGAUCAGGACACUAUACUUCUGUUGAUGCAGCCUAGAAUUGCACUAGCAUUUUUUUGUUGCUGCAUCACACUGUUGACUCAUCUUAAGCUUGUGGUCUACAAAGACCCCUAGAUCCUUUUUCACAUGUACUACUGGCAAGCCAGGUGUCUCCCAUCUUCUAUUUGUGGAACUGGUUCUUCCUGCUGUAGUGCAGAACCUUACAUUUGUCUCUAUUAAAAUUUGUUUUGUUAGUUUGGCCCAGUUCUCUAAGCUGUUAAGGUCAUCUUGAAUCCUGAGUCUCUCUUCUGAGGCAUUAGCUACCCCUCCCAGUUUUGGUGUUGUCUGCAUAUUUGAUGAUCACCCCCUUAAUUCCUUCAUCCAAAUUGUUUAUAAAUACAUUGAACAACAGUCCCAGGACAGAAUCCAGCAGCACCCCACUUGUCACUUUUCCAGGAUGAUGAGGAACCAUUUUCAGAUCUUCCUCAUUUCUAAACUCCAUGCUAGGUCAACCAAAAUAUCAAAAAAUAGUACACAAUAUCUCAGGUUCUCCAGAACUCAUCAUCAGACAGAUGGUAAACAUAGCAAGUGGGGAAAAAAAACAAUGACUGAUGUUGAAAACAUAGAGGCUUCUUCUGAUCACAGUCUUAAGAUGGAAAAGGGAAGUAGGCACUGCCUUCAUAUGGAUUGGAUUUCUCUUGUGGCUGCUGCUGUAAUGCAGACCUCACUUACCUGGGAAUUGGUUGUUGCCAUUUUUGUGUUUCCUAGGGUGAAGUCAAAUCACGGCAUUAGCAGCACCAAAGUGCUGGGGUGCAAGCCUGGGCAGUGUGUAUGGAGGUCCUGGGUUGCCCAGACAACAAGACCCUCUUCUUGGUCUUACUGGUGUGAUCCAAAGGAAGCAGAGCAAUAUGUUUGGCACCAGCUUGGCUGCAGGAGUUACCAGAAAAAGGCAUAUAAGCCACAAUCCAACCAUAUUUGGGACUCCACUCUGUGUAGGGUUUUCUCCUUCUCCCGAAGAUAUCCUGCAAGACAGCAGAGGUUUAGGAUCAGAGUUUUUCUUCUCCUACACGGGCUACCUUCCCAGGUUGGUGAGCCCUAUCUGCCCCUCACUUCCCUCUUUAGCACAUGCAGAAACCACCUUCUUGACUGUUGGACCCACUAUUGGUCUCAUCCGCUCAAUCUGCCAAACCUGUCUUCUCAUGCAGGGGAAGUCCCUAACUCACUCAGUGUUUGAGACCCAUCGGCUAUCCUCACCUGGUUUAGUCAGCCAGUAGAAGCCAUUCUUGGGGUGUGGAUGCUCUGACAGCUUCUGGGAGCCACAGGUGAGAAUAAGCCACACUCAGUUUAGUAGGACUUACUUCUGAGUAGCCACAGCUAGGAUUGUGACAUACCUUUACAUUUUGUGUUUUUCAUUUCUGUUGUUUUUUUAAAAAUGGAUUUACUACUUUCUCUACUGCUACUUUGUUUUGCUAAUAGUGACCACUCCCUCCCCUUUCCAAGUGCAAGCAAUCUCCUUUUGUUGUGGCCACAUUUCCCACAUCCUGUCCCAGCCUAAGUAAAUUAAAGUAGCAGUCGAUUAUGUCCCAUAGUUAACAAUCUGCCCCUUAAUCAUCAUCAUAAUGUCUUCCUGCCAUUUCCUAUAAACCUGCACAAAUACCUCUUGGGCUCAUAAACUCUUCUCAGGUUUAUGUCACCCAUCAAACAGCAAGGAGCUCAUAAACAAGAUAUAUACUUAAUUUUUCCACUAAUUAAAUAUGUUAUAGUUUGUUUUAUUCCUCCCGAAAUAAUGUUUAUAAUAUGCAGCUUUGUAGAAAGCUGAGGAGGAAGCAUUGAUGGAGAAAUCUCUCCCACUUAGGCUUGUAGUUGGGCUUGGGGAAAACAACAGCAACACUUUCCCGCAAACGUGGAAAAUGACUGUUUAUUUCAGGGGUCAGCAAACUUUUUCAGCAGGGGGCCAGUCCACUGUCCCUCAGACUUUGUGGAGGUCCGGACUAUAUAUAUUUUUUUUGGGGGGGGGGAUGAAUGAAUUCCUAUGCCCCACAAAUAACCCAGAGAUGCAUUUUAAAUAAAAGGGCACAUUCUACUCAUGUAAAAACACACUGAUUCCCGGACUGUCCACGGGCCGGAUUGAAAAGGCGAUUGGGCUGGAUCUGGCCCUCGGGCCUUAGUUCGCCUACCCAUGGUUUAUUUCAAGCUGAAUUGUUAGUGGGAGAGCAUGACACCCCCAAAAAUAUGCAUUUUGAGCGCUACGCAGGACCACAGUGCCAAAAAAGUGCUUUUUCAGAGUGAGAUUGUGGUGUGGGGGUGUGACAUUGCAGCAACACAUAUUGUUGUUGUUUUGGUGUUGUGCUCUCGCGUGAAGAAACACAAGAUGUCCUGAUCAGUUGAAGGGCAUGGGAAUAGGGUCAUUGGGUUAAAUGAAUGGUAGGAAAUUCUGGACAGGUGAAAGGAAGUGUGUGUGUGUGUGUUUUUCCAAUUACAAUCCAAUAAUAGCCUCAGUAUAGCAAUACCAAUUUACAAUACAACUAUUAAUACCAAUCAUUCAAAUACCAAGUUAUAUAAUUUAGAUAAGGUGGCCCCCCACGUGCUAGAAUUGAUGACAUAGUUGUUUGCUUUAUUUCUGGGUUCCAAAAUCUUAUUAAUUUCCAUUGCAUUCCAGUUAUAAUAAUAAUCCCUUAUACAAUAACUGCAAUAUUGAGAACUUCUAUUUGUGUCGACACAUUGCAUGAUUUUUAAAACUACAAGUGAGGAACUCAAACUAUAUCCUUGUUCUUCCUAAGUGUGGCAAUUAUUCUGAAAGGGAGUCCCCCCCCCCCCACUCAAUCAAACAAUGGAAUGUGGGGAUGGUCAUCAACUUAUUUUUUUAUUUCAACAAAUUAUAUAUCACUUAGUUACAGUUGUCUCUAUGUGGCGUGCAAGGAACUUAAAACAAUUUAAACAGGAAUGAAACUAUAAAAUUAAAACUCAGUUAAAAUGCCUGCUGGAAUAAGACAAAACAAAAGCCUCAGUAGGUGCCAGAAGUUCAACAGGGAGGAGGCCUGCCUGACAUCAACUGGAAGGAAGCUUCCGUAAAACUGGGCCCACAAAACUAAACACAGUUACUGGUAGAUACAAUCCGUACAUUGGAGCCAUGGGGGACCACAGACAGAAACUCCCACAAAGACCUCUUUGAUGAUCUCAUUGGUCCAAAUUGUUAAGGGCCUUGUAAAUUAUUACAUAUGCUAGCAUAUGGACACUCAGUGCAGACAUUUGAGCACCAGACAGACUGAGGAGGAAUGGUGGGGGCCGCCGCCCCUUCUCCUGAACCUUCCUGAGAAUGGGAGGACAGUAUAGAAUUAGAACAGUGGUUUGCAGAAGGUCAUAGUUCAGAGUCUGCAGAGGGGAGAAGCUGGGAAAUAUUGGAGCAGGAGGAAGAAGAAGCACCAGGAGAGAGACAGCUGACAGAUCAGUGUCUCUGGAAAGCAUUCCUGACCCCCUCUCCUAGGACCAAGCGUGCAUUGAGAGUAGUAGAGCAGAAAGCUCAGAGGCAGAAAGCUCAGAUUAGCUGACACAGGGGUGACAUAGAAUAGGAGAGAUGGAGGGGGUGGGACUUUACUUGGAGCAACACCAUGAUCUAGGGGAGACUGCAUUCCUUCAUGUCUCUCUGUGAAUAUUGAAUAAAUAACUUGGUAAGAACUUUUAUUGUUUAUGCUUCUUGGCUGCCACCGUGGGAGGGAUCGGAUUCCCUGAAGACUGACACCAAAGUUUUAUGCAGAAAAUCAUAGAGGGUAAAAUUAUUAAUAACUACUACAAACCCUCCAACAUUUUGGGAGGGCAAAAUGGGACACACACACACACACACCAUCCCACUGCCCCCGUUGCUCGCCCACAUGCCUGCUGACCACCACUAACCACCCACCCGCUCAUUGCUCACUGCCACCCAUCACCAUCUGCCACCCACCUUACCUUAGCCGCACUGCCCAAGGGGCUGAUGGGAGUUGUAGUCCCAGAAAGGCACCAUGUUGGCGGGGAAGGGAAAGCUGCCACCACCUCAGGAGCUGCUUCUGCAGCCCACAUCAUCAGGCUGUAGGAAAUCGGGGAGCAACGAGACAAAGGCAGAGCUUGAGGAUCCUUCAAAGAAAGCAGGGCCACCCUGCUUAAAACAGGGCAUUUGGCAGGUUGCUACUGCAACAGAAGCUGCACAACUUUGAGCUGAUCCUCAAAAAAGGGGCUUUUCCCCUUUGCAAAAGAAGCUGCACAACUGUGAGCUGAUCCCCCCCCCAGAAUGGGACUUUCCCCCUUUCCUCCUCUAAAAGCUAGGUGUGUCUUAUGGUCAGGUGCAUCUUAUGGAGAGAAAAAUAUGGUAAACAGUAGGAAGAACUUCCUGAUUGUAAGAACUAUUCAACAGCAGAACAAACUCCCUUGGAAGGAGGUGGACUCUCCUCCACUGGAGGUUUUUAAGCAGCCUUUGUCAAGGAUCUUUAAUUGUGAUUCCUGCAUUGCAGGGGGUUCGGUAAGAUGACCCUCAGGGUCACUUUCAACUCUAAACAUUCAUGGUUCUACCUACAUGCAGAAAAUAUAAAAAAGGUAAAGGACCCCUGACAGUUAAGUCCAGUCGCAGAUGACUCUGGGGUUGUGGUGCUUAUCUCACUUUAAAGGCCAAGGGAGCUGGCGUUCGUCCACAGACAGUUUUUCCCGGUCUAUUUAAAUCGAUUUUUUCACAUCUUGAAAAGAAAAGUGGCCAGAUAACAGGUGAUAAGGAACACCUUCGUCUGAGUAGACCAUAGAGGGCUGCUUGAAUAGAUAGUCUGACCUGAUGUAAGGUAGCUUUCUAUGCUAUAUGUGUAGCACUAACCUCCUUCCCUACAGACUUUUAAAAGUCCAAUGCAAGAGAAGAAUAGUACUAUAAUCACAGCGGACACGGGGGUGGGGAAGUCGGUAUCCAAACCCAUUGAAAUGGAAACAUAAUCUGUCUGCACAAAAGAUCAGCAAAUUUUCAUAUGCCAUCUCCCUGAAAACCAAAUCAAUUUAUUAUGAUAUCCGCUAUUAUGAAAAAUGCCGAAGAUUUGUAAUAAUGAUUAAUUGAGCACUUAUUGCAAAGCCUGACCCACAUUUCCUAGCCCUCUCUAAAAAAGAUUUGAGACAUAACAAAAAGCAACACAAUGCCAAGCACACAUUUGGUUGCAAGUAAAUAAUAAUAAUAAUAAUUGCUUUUUAAAAAAGAAUAAAAUAAUGUAACCGGCUUUACAGAAUACCCAUGAAUUGUUAAUGCUCUCUGGAAAUUACCGUGGAUAAAAAUGACAGGAAAUCUAAGUUGUUAUUUUGCCCGUUGAAGGAUAAUACUGUCACUGCCAUUGAGGAUUUGGAGAAACAGCCCUUUCCUUAAAAGCGGAUGUUUCAGCAAGAAGAGUUUGCAAGGGGAACAAAAGCUUUAAAUCCUGACUCACUUAUGCUACACUUUGUAGAUAUGUACGAACCCUUAUCCUCUGUUGCUUCUGGUAUUCUUUAUUUAUUUAUUGAAUGCAUUUUUGUUCCACUCUUCAGUCAAAAUGGCUCACAGAGAAGCUUACGGAUCAAUUAUUAUUAUUUAAGCACCUCUGUACAAGUUUACAGUGUAAAAGACUUAACACAAAAGGAAAUGCGGAAAGGGAAGGAGGAGGAAGGAAAGCAAACUCAGGCAGCAGUUCUUAAUGCUGAAGUUUUUAAUCAGCUAGGAUAGAAGCAGCUAGGAUAGUCUGAUGGCAUUGCUAGUAGUUGACAAUGAAGCAGAACCAAAUGCAGCUGGUAUCACAGCAGAGUCAUGAUGGGAUAAGCUUGCUUCCCUGCUGCACUCUGCUGAUGGGAUGGAAUUACCUUUCUCUUUUUCUAGAAGCAGCACAAUAUAAAAAAUGGCAACAGCUCCAUUGCUGCAACCUACAAAACUGCUACAACCACUAGCAGGUCCCACCAAGGCACCAAGCUGUAGACCAAUGGAAGGACCAUUUUCAAUUACGAGACAGAGUGUAAUGCCAGCAAUGGAGCAGAACUAGGUUUGUUAUGCCUGUUUCGUUCCAGAUCCUCACAUUGGAGUUUAGGAUUAAGCAGAAGACAAUUUAAAUAUACAGUGGUACCUCGGGUUAAGUACUUAAUUUGUUCCGGAGGUCCAUUCUUAACCUGAAACUGUUCUUAACCUGAAGCACCACUUUAGCUAAUGGGGCCUCCUGCUGCCGCUGCACUGCUGGAGCACGAUUUCUGUUCUCAUCCUGAAGCAAAGUUCUUAACCUGAAGCACUGGGUUAGUGGAGUCUGUAACCUGAAGCGUAUGUAACCUGAGGUACCACUGUGUAUAUAUAUAUAUAUAUAUAUAUAUAUAUAUAUAUAUAUAUAUUCAUCAUAUCCUCUGAGUGAUCUUCAUUUCAUGAUGUGAUACAAAGACAAGCCAGGUUGCAAUAUUCAGGACAGAUAAAUGAAACCAUGUCUUCACACAGCACAUAGUUAAACUAUAGGACUUGCUUCUGCAGGAGGCAGCAGAUGGCUUUAAAAUAGAAUUAGAUAACUCCUUGGGGGAUAAGGCUCUGAAUGGCUACUUGCCAUCAUGGCCAUGUUCUACCUCCACUGUCAGAGGCAGUAUACCUCUGAAUACCAGUCGCUGGGAAUUGCAGGUUGGCAGAGUGCUCUUGUACCCGGGUCCUGCUUGCAGGUUUCCCCACAGACAUCUGGUUGGCCACUACAAGAACAGGAUCAUAGACUUGUAGAAUUGACAGGGAGCUUGAGGGUCAUCCAACCCCCUGCAAUGCCGGAAUCUCAACUAGAUCAUCCUCUGCUUUAAAACCUCCAAGGAAGGAGAGUCCUUCACCUCUCUUGGGAGUCUGUUGGACUAAAUGGGCCAUUGGUGUGACCCAAAAAGUUCUUCAUAGAACUCAGGUCCAUUGCUUUUAAUAUGUGUAUUCUGUGUUGAACCUAGUUGGAGGCAACCCUAGGAUUCCAGGCCAGUCCUGUGGCUAACCAGGAAAUAUCCUCCCAUCAUGAUUUCCUACAGAUCAAAGCUUUCCACACUGGACACAUGGAAAACGGCCUUCCAUAUUUCUGUUUAGAUGCUCAGCAAUGGUACACUACAGGUUCCCGUUUGCCUGGGCUGCCACUGCGGGAUUCCCAUCAAGCCAAAGGGAUUCCCAUAAGCAGCACUGUCGCUUUGUUACAGCCCGCUCUGUCUCUGAGAAAGCAAAUGACAAUUAAUUUGCAAAAGAGCCUCGGAGAAUUUUUUAUUAGCAUUAUUUAAAAAGCUGGCUUCAUUUGUUUCCCUCCGUUUGAAGGCGCAUAAUGGGCUCGAUGCCUCUGAGCGCUUCACAAGCCCCACAGUGCUUUGGUGACACUUGAUAUAAAGUGCCCUGUGAUAAUGAAUGAACUUGGUGCCGAGCGCAGCCAAGGGUGGGUUCAUUGGCGCGUCUGCAGAGUGUCACAUGGCCACAAUUUUUAUUGGAAUUCCCGUAAUUAAUGUACUUUAUAGCUGAAUUCCAGCCAGAGCACCACCCAGCCCCAUUUUUCCUCUUUAGCCUAGCAUUUUAAGGGGCUGACAGAAAGGACUUGGCCGUUUCCCAUCACAUCCUGCAUAAGAACAGAAGAUGAGCCUGCUGGAGCAGGCAAGUGGCCCCUCUGGUCCAGCGUUUGAGCACAAGAGCACUUUCCCCUCCUCGGGAGGGGAAUAACAUCAGCUGUCAUUCAAAGGCAUUACUUCCUCUGACUGUGGAAGCAGAGCAGAACCAUCAUGGAUAGUAUCCAUUAAUAACCGCCUCCCAAUCGCCCAAGCCAUCUAAGUCGGUAGCCAUCACUGCAUCCUAUGAAAGUGAGUUCCAUAGCUUAACAAUGGAGCCAGUGUGGUGUAGUGGUUAAGAGCAGUGGACUCGUAAUCUGGUGAACCAGGUUCGAUUCCCCGUUCCUCCACAUGCAGCUGCUGGGUGACCUUGGGCUAGUCACGAUUGAGGGGACCCCUGGCCACAUCAUCCCCUGGCCAGCCAAUCGGCUGGUCUGGGGGGGCAUGGCUUGCGCAAUAUCACACUAGCGCGGCCAGGGAUCUCCCUCUUUUGCCGCCUCAGCUCAUCGGGUUUCCCACCCUCCCACACUUUAGGUUUUCCUUUUGACCUUGCUAUGGACCUCGGUUGGUCGCCGUUAAGGGGCCUGGUAGGAAUUUUUUCCACUUGGCAAAUUAGCACCAGCCACUUGGUUUUUUGCCUACCUCAUGGCAAAUCGCCACAACUUCCUCGGCAUUGGCAGUUAGGCAUUGGUAGGAGUAUUGUCAUGUAGAUGAAGGUGGGGAGGAAGCGCCAUCACCUCCCCCAAAUAUCGAAGGGUAGUCCGGUAAAGGAUUCUGGGGGGGGGGGGUGGCCCUGUCUGAAGCCUAUGGAGGUGAGGGCCUAAGGCACGCCCCCGAGCGGUGACCCCGAGGGAGUUCCUAGUUGAUGUGCAUCAGCAGGACUCCCCCUACUGGUGGUUAACCCUUCCCGGUCUUCAAGCAAUCGGGCUGAAGCCGGAUAGUCGGUUAGGACCAAUGCCUAAGCUAAUACCACUCAUUCCUGUAACCAAUAAAGUUGUGGCCAUUUUUUGCCCAUUAACCUAAAUAUUUGUGUCAUGUGUCUUUAUUUCCACCGGGGGGUAGGUGGGAACUCGCCACGCAAUAAAUCAAAUCAAAUCAUGCCUGUUAUGAAAUCCAAAGGGCCAUACAUGAGGUUUCCUACUGAUCAUUCAUCCAUCUGCCCAGACCUGCUUUACUUGGUGGCAUUAUAUACCUUCAAGCCAUUCCCUGCGACCUCACAUUGUUGGGAGCUAAUGGGUACAUCGGGGACCAGAGGAAAUGCCAUUGUCAUAAGUUUUAGUGGUGUUCACAGCAGACCACUCCGAGAGAGAUGGCUCCAAACUUUACCUCCUAACGUGCAAUCAAGAUGAAAUUGAUUUUCUUGCUGUGCCAUGAGUGACAGCAGCUGAGCUAGUGCCUGUGAGUUCAUCACUCAACUGCCGCAAUAUCAAUUGACAGUUUCCUUGUAGAUUGAUGAGCAGAUUGUCCCUGCUCCAUUCUUUCAGUGUAUCCUCAUUCAUGCCUUCCACUCCUCCUGAACUUCUCUUUACCUGGGCAAGCUUCUAAAAUUAAUUCUCAUCUUGGAUCAUGAAGUUUGCCCCUGUCUUGCCAGGCCUUUCUAAGGAUGGAGUACUCAUUCAAAGCAGGGAUUCUUAGCCAUGCCAGCAUCGCUCCUCAAAGUGCAGUGAGCAGGAUUAAGGCAAACACAGUAAGCAUCAGUAUCUGGUUUAACCCCUAACAUGCCAUCCAGAAGAAAUUGUCUGUAAAUCCCUCCCCUUGCUUUUGGCCAAAGUGGCUGAAAUUUAUAGGCACUCUUAAUCCAGCAUGGAUUAAGACUGCCAAACUGCUAACAAAUCAGUUCAUGGACUUUAUGCAGGGGAAGUAAAAGGGAUUAAUUUUCCUCCAUAAUCCCUUAACUAUGUGUGUGUAGAAUUUCUCUCUUGCACUUUCUUACCUUGAAAUAAUUAAGAGGUGGAAGAGUGGUGUGUAUUCUUGCUUGUGCAUUAAAACAACAACAACAACAACUUAGCAGGGUUACGCUACUAUCAGUUUUGAUGGUCUCCAAUAGACCUCACAGAUCUUUCCUUUGUCCUCCAAUAGGCCAUAAACCUUCAUUAUAGGCCUUACAAAGUAAUGCUGCCCAGAAUACUGCCUGUGGAAUUCUGAAGAGUUGUGGUAGUGGUGAUGUUUGUUAAAGCAGAUUGUAUGGGAUAAAGUUGGAAUGUAUGGGAGAAGGAAAUCACCAGUGACCCUCAGCAUCCUUGGCUGCCCCUAGGCUUAGUUGUUGUUUGGGUACCCAAGAAGACUGCAGAGUGCGGACUGCUGGAAAGAUGAUUUGUAGAAUGAAAGAAAGGAGACUCACAACCCCACCUUAACCACCUCAGAAGUCAAGUAAGAGCAGCAAUAAAUCUACACCCAACCCAAAAGAAUUUCACUUGAAUGAUAACUUUGCAAACUCUUCCAAAACAUUCUUUGUACAACCAUUUGGAUUAUAGCUAUAGAUGUAAGUAGCAUUUUGACAUUUUGAAGAAACUGUGCGUGUAACACCAGCACAAAAUUAUUUUAUGUUGGAAGCAAAGUCAUACAAUGUCAUUUUUUCAACACACUCAUCCAAAGGUCUUGUGUUUCUGUAAAUAUAAUUGAAUUUCACACAUUUUCAAAUUGCUAACUUCACCAUCACUUUCUCUCCCCUUUGAUAAUUUUCGAACACAAUUUCUUUUCCCAUUAAUUGAUGCAAUAUUUCAUAAUGUCUCCAACUAUAGUGCCACAACUUAUUCCAAUGGACCAGCUUUAGAGUCAAUAUUUCUUGACAUAAGACCAAAUGUGUUAAAUAAAGAUCUUAUCAUUUUCUUACUUGCAGCUGCAGAUCUGGAAGUUGCUCAGCAAUGGAGGUCCCAUACACAUUUUAUUCUACAGGGUUGGUGGAGUAGGAUCUGGGGACUAACCAUGGUGGAGAAAGUGACAGAGUGCAACUAACAGGCUAGAGGAGCCAAAAUGCAGAAAUCUUUCUCAAUUGCUCUCAGGCACUGGACAGAGGAGGAAUGAUGGAGACCACCUCCCACUCCUGAACCUUCCAGAGAAGAGGAAGACAGUCUUGAUUUGCAACAGUGGUAUGUGGAAGGUCACGGCUCAGCGGUAGAUGAGGGGCAAAGUUGGGAAAUAAUGGGAGAGGAGGAGGGGGAAGCAGAGCCAGAGCAGCUGGCUGACACGUUAUCACUAGAAAGCAUUCCAGACCCCCCUUCUCCUAGAACCCGGCGAGCCUUGAAAGUAGGAGAGCAAAGGGCUCAGAGGCAAAUGGCCCUAAGUGGCCACUGUAAGGUGGGUGGUGCUGUUGACGACUGAAGAGAGAAGGGGGGGUGGAGAUUACUUGGAGCAACGUCAUUACUCCAAGAGGCUGCAUUUCUAAGCCUCUCUCUUUGAAUAUUGAAUAAAAGACAUUGGUAAGAGCUUUCCUUGUCUAUUUAUUCCUGGCAGCCUACAGUGGGGGGAUCGGAUUCCCUGACGCCUGACAAUUACCUGGUACCCCCUUCAUUGUUUACGUUAAUAAACAAGAUGGUAAAUUACUUCCUCCAAUUUCGCAAAGACCCUUGUGGUCAGACAUAAUUCCUAAGCAUUUCUGGACAAUGGUUUAGUAAGAAUAUAUCCUAUGCCUGCUUUAUUUUACCUUGCAUCACACACUCUGUCUCACUUGUGAGAGUAUAUGAUAUUGGAUGUCAUAUCUGUACCAAGUAUUGAACAAAUGUAAAUAAUGAAGUAUAUUAAAAAAAUAAGUGGUGCAAAAAUAUUUGGUGGAAAGGAAUGCAAUAUUUUUUUUUCUUUUUGGCACAGCACUUGUAGCAAUAAGGAUAAUCAUGCCACUUUUCCAAAUUCACGCUUUGCUGGACAACUCUGCCUGCACCACAGGUGCCCACUCCUGACAUCAUUCCCUUGGGUGAUUUUUAAACAGCAGGUGUUGGGGAACGUUGUUAAGAAAAGUGAUCAGCAACCGCCGCUUCAAUCUCUCUCUGUGCUGAAAUUUGCCGAUGCCAAGCCCAUAAAUGCAAAGAGCUCUGUAGCUUUUGUUAAAUUAGCAGCUCGAUAGUCACAGUGGGGGUUUGCCUAGGAACUGUCCACAAAGGACAAGGAAGUCAAAAUAUCAGUCUUGCAUGAAACUAUUUGUUCCUGCUUCUUAAUUAAGAUUUCAUGCCCGUGUAUGUCCCGAGGAACCAUGGGAGGUGCAGAUGGCUAGAAUGCGCAGAAUGGGAACCACAGAAUUGGAAAUGAAGUUUGUACUUCGGCGGAUAUGUGAAUGAUAAGGGGCAUUGUGAGUUCCACUCCACAAUAAAAUAUUCAUUCUCUAAGCAAUUCAGGGUCAAAUAUGAUGACAUGCUUGAGAUCUGCAACUGAAUGUCUCACCUAGUGCUGGGCCAGUAUUUGAAAAGGUUGAAAAUUUAAACCAAACUUUGGAGUGGGUGGCAGUGAAAGAGAGGGAAAACAAUCUCUUCUAUUUGGGGAAUGGGUACAUUGAGGGAGACAUAGUCAACCCAACAGGUGUACCAACUUGAAUAAAAUAUAGAGUGGGCAGGUAAGCCCCGCCCUGCAUUAUUAAUCACAAGCCAUAGCACACACAAACCAUUUGAAUAGCAAAGCCCAUCAACUUUAGGAGGCCCAGCCCCCUGAAAUAUUUUAUUGGGUGGGGGCAAAGGGACCUAGGCGUUGUCUCCUAUGCAACCCAGUGUGCAGCAGCUGUGAAAAAGGCAAAUCCUAUGGCUUGGGAUCAUUACGAAAUGGACUAAAAAUAUAACAGCAGGUAUCAUAAUGCUGUUAUACAAGUUUGUGGUGCAACUGCAUGUAAAAAGGUAAAGGUAAGGACCCCUGGAUGGUUAAGUCCAUUAAAAGGCGACUAUGGGGUUGUGGCGUUCAUCUCACUUUCAGGGAGCUGGCAUUUCUCCACAGACAGCUUUCUGGGUCAUGUGGCCAGCAUGACUAAACUUCUUCUGAUGCAAUGGAACACUGUGAUGGAAACCAGAGCACACGGAAAUACCGUUUACCUUCCCGCCACAGUGGUACCUAUUUAUAUUGCACUGGUGUGCUUUCAAAUUGCUAGGUUGGCAGGAGCUGGGACUGAGCAAUGGGAGCUCACCCCGUUGCAGAGAUUCAAACCGCCAACCUUCUGAUUGGCAAGCCCAAGAGGCUCAGUGGUUUAGAUCACAGCGCACUGUGGAAAGUUCAGGUCACCUCACAUCUGAAAGGAUAUCGUCAAGUUGGAAAGGGUUCAUAAAAGGGCAAGCAAAAUGAUCAAGGGCAUGGAGCGGCUCCGCUAUGAGGAAAGGUUGCACUGUUUGGGACUUUUUAAAACUCUGCUUGGCAUGGAGAGAGUAGACGGAGAAAAGAUUUUCUCCUCUCACUUAAGAUCUCAUGGACAUCCAAUGAAGUUGGAUGUUGGAAGAUUCAGUAUAGAUAAAGGGAAGUACUUCUUCAGGCAACGAGUAGUUAAACUGUGGCAUCUGCUCCCACAGGAGGCAGGAACUGCGAUCAACUUGGGUGGCUCUAAAAGAACAUUGGACAAAUUUGUGGAGGAUGAGGUGGCUACUAGCCAGGAUGGCUAAGCUCUGCCUCCAGCCUGUGGGCACCAGAGGCCCUGGGGGUGCCAGGGAAGGCCUCUCUGUAAUUGCAUAUGUGUCUUUAGACACCACACUGGUGACCCCUGGACUCAUCUUAAGCCCGACGUUUGACAGCAAAGGAACCUUAAGAAGAAUUCCCUGUGCUUCCCAGUAAAGCAAUUAGAGAAUGAUAAAAGUGGUGGGGAAGUUAUUAAAAUCUGUCCUGGAGAAGGAAACUAAUUCUUUGCCCUACAGAUGCACAUAAAAUAUUAACUGUGUGAGAUUUUUUAUUUUAUUUUUUAAGGACAAAAAGAAAGCAGCAAGAAAGACUACUGUUAAAUAUGCUCAUGUUCAGCAGCCAAGGUCUAGAUACCGCUUGCCCCUGACAAAUGGACAGCGAAACAGCAGUUUCUUUUAA